GAUGACCAGAGACUGCGGACAGUACAGGGAUGACCAGAGACUGCGGACAGUACAGGAGAUGACCAGAGACUGCGGACACAGUACAGGAGAUGACCAGAGACUGCGGACACAGUGCAGGAGAUGACCAGAGACUGCGGACACAGUACAGGAGAUGACCAGAGACUGCGGACACAGUACAGGAGAUGACCAGAGACUGCGGACACAGUACAGGGAUGACCAGAGACUGCGGACAGUACAGGAGAUGACCAGAGACUGCGGACAGUACAGGGAUGACCAGAGACUGCGGACAGUACAGGAAAUGACCAGAGACUGCGGAAAG